ACAUGAGAAGAGUGCAUGCAAAUGCUCUCGCGGCAAGGGCGAGCAGGAAGGGAAACACACAAGUCUUUGUUGGCUCAUUGGAGGCUAACUGUGCUCGGUAUGGUGCCAAAUCUACAGUCUGGAGAUAGAUGAUGAUGAUGAUGGUGCUGGUGCGCACGGCCAGCCAGAUGUCGCCGUUCUGUGAUAAUCUCCGCCACCAAACUCCCAAAAUUUCGCCCAAAAUGGAGUCCCAAAUCCACCAUGUUCCAGACGAUCAACCACAUUCACAAACUUUCCGAGAAAAUUGCUGCACUUUCACGAGGGAGAAGGGGGAACCUAAGGCCAUCUGUUUUGCACCCCCCCGGCGGCCUUUUCAAUUUGUUGUCUCUUCCUCCCAAGUCAAGCCACAACAAUUUUACGAGAAGAGAAGGGAAGGGAUCAAAAUUGCGUUUCUGCAUUUGUUGCAUCUCUUACAGUGAUUAUUACUUCUUUAUGCAAUAGGAAAUCGCAAAUUUACAGGAUGGCUGUCAGCUUCAAGUAUUGGGAUGAUUGCAUUGAACCCCACGACUUGGAAGCAUUGUGGAUGGAUCCAUAUGUUGCAACUGAAUGGGAUAAAGCUGGAGAGACUGUAGGACAGAAGGUCCACCUAUCACGGGAUCCUGAUGGCCAGCCUUAUCUUACACAAACUGAGAUGAGGGCUGUGGCUGGGAUAAUUGUGAGCAGGCAUUUUGUUUCACAAAUAGAUUUGGAUAUGAUUUGUGCUAUAGCAGAACUUGAAAGUGACAGACAGCUUAUUGCUAAUCGUUACAACAAAAAAACUAAAGAGACUACUGUUGGCCUCAUGCAAAUUUUACCAAAUACAGUAGAUUGGCUUGCCAGAGAGUUGGGUUACCAAACAUAUCAAGUAGAAGGGAAUCAUGACCUUCUGUACAGGCCCUUCAUAAAUGUGUAUUUUGGUGCUGCUUACCUUGAGUGGUUAUCAAAUUUUGACCAAAAAAAAAGAAGUGAAGAGUUCAUUGUAAGAGCUUAUAAAGGUGGCACGGACAAGGCAACUCACAAGUCAACAUUGGAAUAUUGGAGACGGUAUCUCUCAGUCAAGGAAAGACUUCCUUCCAGACCGUUGCCGAACAAUCCAUUUCAACAAACGACAGCUAUGCAAGCUGAUGCAACUAGUGGUGCCGUUAUCACAACAUGGGACUCUAAAACUUCUCCAGAAGAUAUGGCGGAGAUGUGGAACCAUCCUAAUGUUAGCAAAGAGUGGAGCAAAUGUGGAGAGCAGCCAGGGAAUGUACGAUUUUCUCAUGAUGCAGAGAAUAGACCAUAUCUUUCAAGGGUGGAGCUCAGGGCUGUUGCAGAAAUUAUACUUUCAAAACACUUCAUUACAAAUCAAGUCAAACCAACACAUUUAUGUGCUCUUGCCGAGACUGUGAGCAUGCGAUUUGUGAAUGGAGUUGGACCCCGCCCUGGAAUAAUGGGAAUUGAUUACCCAACAGCUUGUUGGAUUUACAAGGACUUGGGCUUCCAGGCAUACAAAGUCGAGUCGUCUGAUGAUCUAACGAAGCCUUUCGUUUCCUUGUACUAUGGUGCUGCAUACAUGGCUUGGUUAUCAAAAUAUGAAGGGAGGGAAAGGACUCCAGAAUUUGUUGUUCAGGCUUAUCACGCAGGGCCUACGAACGUAAACCUUCAGGAGACCGGUCCUCUUUGGUUUAAAUUUGAGGAAGCCUUGAGUAAAUAUGGCUACUCGAAGAAGGAUCGAGGGAGUUGCAGCAUCAUGUAAGCUGACAAGUGCAUUCUACAUUUGUAUAUGUCCAGUCAAUUUGUGUCGGCUCCAUUCGUACAAGACACAAUCAUCAUACGAUUAAAGCUCGUCGAUGACAACAGAGAAACAGAGAUAACAAAGUGUUACAUAAAAAUAUAUCUAUUGUACUAAGAAGAUGUGCUUAAUUUGGAUCUUGGAUUUGGGUGAGAGUGGUACGUGAGAUUGGAUGUUGGUGGUAAGGCAAAUGAUCAAGUUGGGGGUUGUAUAUAUGGAGGUCCAGUCUAUUGAAGAAGCAUGUUUUAAGAAUAUUGAGCUCUAUGCAUUGGGAGUGUAUUAAUUGUCAUCACCACAAAUAAUAAUAGUUGUUCCAGUUCUUUAAUAGAA